AUGAUAGAGCUCGCAGCUCGCUCAGCAUUUCGUUACUACUACUACAGCCCCUCCGUGGCUGCAGCCGUCAUUUUCAUCAUCUGCUUCCUUCUCACCUCGAUCUGGCACACGUAUCAAUCAUUCCGCACCAGAACAUGGUUCUUCAUCCCCUUCCUCGUGGGCGGAUACUUUGAGUUCAUCGGGUACUGCGCCCGCGCCGUCUCAGCGGAGCAAACGCCCAAUUGGACGAUGGGUCCGUUCCUAGUCAACUCUCUCAUGCCGCUGGUCGCGCCGGCGCUGUUCGCCGCAUCAAUUUACAUGGAACUCGGCCGGCUGGUUGUGACCCUUCAUGCAGAGCAAUACAGCCUGAUCCGACCCAAAUGGAUGACCAAGCUCUUUGUGCUGGGCGACGUGCUGUCGUUCUUGCUCCAGUCCGGAGGCGCUGGUAUGAUGGCCGGGAAAACGCAAUCCAGCUUCAAGACGGGGUCGAACAUCAUCGUCGUGGGCCUCGUGGUGCAGAUCGUGUUCUUCGGGUUCUUCAUCGUUACGACCGGCUUCUUUCACCUGCGGAUGACGAAGCAACCGACCACAUACUCGCUGAGCUCGGGAGUCAAUUGGAAGAAGCUGAUCUGGACGCUCUACGCAGCCAGCGUUCUGAUCCUGGUGCGAUCGAUCUACCGGUUGGUGGAAUAUAUCGAGGGCUUCGGGGGCUAUCUGCUCAGCCAUGAGGUGUACCUCUACGUGUUCGACGCCCUGCUGAUGUUUGCCGUGAUGCUGAUCUUCCAUUUCGUCCAUCCGAGCGAGCUGAAUGCGUGGCUUAGGUCGGGUGGAUUGAUCAGUAAGGGUCUGCGGUUCGAGCGACUGAAUGGGGAUGCGAUGCAGAUUGCGUGAGCGGUCUCGAGUGUUUUGCCUUUACUAUACCAUGUAUCCGGAAGAUUGGUUGGUUAGGGCCUUUUACCGGAACACGGUGUCAUAUCGAU